AGUUGCAGUCAGUGCUGGGGAGAGACGAGGCUGUUUAUUCUCAGGCAAAAGGACCGAGACAAACACACGCUCAGAGGAGCACUGGCUCAGGGGCUACAGGAGGUACAGGAGAAGAUUUGUCUCAUGUGAAGCUGAAGGAAGAAUUGGCCACUGGGUUAUACUGGGAGACCACUGGGUGCACUAAGGAGAGAUCCUGCCAGAAUGUCACACCCAAUCCUUCUGCUCCUUGUCUGCCUCUUGCCCAUUCACUCAGGAGUAGCGCAGUACGCUGGGAAAGGAGGCUGCUGUGAUACAUCGAGUCCCCAAAACAAGCCGACAGACUCAUUGUUGAAACGGUAUAAGGAGAGAGUGAAGAGUUACGAGGAAUGUCAACACAGCAAAGUAAGACUCCAAUUUGAAAAGGGACACAUAUGCGCUUCAAAACAUGACAACUGGGUGCAGGAACUGAUAUGCCACAUAAAACCAGAAAGUACCGACAGUUUCUGUGCCAAGUAUAAGGAUUCUAGAUCUGGUCCGGAUUAUUCCAAGGGCUCGGAGAAAGCUCCACCCACUUCCCCUCCAGCCGGAGCAGAUGCCAACGUAGUAAGCAAUAGCAACCAGGCACCGGGGGGCGCUGUGACACAACGUGUGCCGACAACUGCACCGAGUAGUAAAGAAGCGGCACCAUCUGAAUAUACAACUGUGCCAGGCGAUUAUGAAGACGUGCCAAGCGAAUACCCAGUCUCGCCAAGGGAAUUUGCUGUGGGAAACCAAAAAGAAAAAGACUCAGAGAGACGGGAGAAUCUUGAAUCGACGGAAGGGAAGAAAGAGGGUGUCACGUCAUUUAUGAAAACAGCGAUAAUAUCUCUAGUAUUUAUCAGCCUUUUCCUGGUGGCCCUCGUCGCUUUCCUGAUCUGCAGAAGGAGAAAAGGACCAGAACCGGCUACGGAACAGGAGAAAGAGGGACUGUCCUCAGCGUAACAGCCAAUGAGAGAAUUCCUUAACCCUUUGCUAAUCAUCUUCAUUGGCCUUUUGUUGAGAAACCAGGAAGCAGACGGGAGAUUUCACAUUAGGCAGAAUAGGAGGUCCGGAACAUUCUUAAGGGUUCGGGAUCAUCGCACAUAGGAAGAGACUAAGCACUGGCUGACGAGUAAAUGACAUUCCUGACCUCCAACUUAUUUGCAGUCGCCUGUCUUUGCCGUUACCUGUGACACGCGUGUUCUAUUUGCACUGCUGCUAUCAAACAUUGUUUGCCAACUUUUCCAAUAAUGCAACAUAAAUGCCACCAUCCAAAUGCUGAGGAGUCAGACCAAACUAGAGGAAAGCCACAAAGAGUUGUAUUGAGCCCCAUGUUGAUACCCUAUGGACCCAACUCCAGCUGCACCUGAUGGGGAAACUCUAUGGGCCCUACUAAAGCUUCUCCCCAUGUUGAUACUCUAUGGGCCCCACUAGAGCUAUGCCCCAUGUUGAUACUCAAUGGGCUCAACUCCAGCUGCACCUGAUUGGGAUACUCUAUGGCCCCAACUAAAGCUCCUCCCCGAGUCCCCAUGUUGAUACUCUAUGGGCUCAACUCAAGCUGGACCUGAUGAGGAUACUCUAUGGGCCCUACUAAAGCUCCUCCCCAUGUUGAUACUCUUAUGGGCUCAACUCCAGCUGGACCUGAUGAGGAUACUCUAUGGGCCCUACUAAAGCUCCUCCCCAUGUUGAUCCGUGGCUUGUUACAGCAAAUUUCAUGCACUUUUCUAUUGACGUCUGGUUUUAUGUUGAAGAUUGGCAGCUGUCCAGUGCCCACUAAACAACGAUUAAUUUAUUUAUUCUUUUUUUAUCAGCUUUGAUCCAUUUUAUGUGAAUCUUUAGUAAUUUGUUGUAUAUUGAUAUAGUUUGAUUUAAUAUAUAUGGAUAUGUAUAAA